UCGAAUUAUUUUUCCAAACAUUUGUACUUUACGUUUUAUGAUUAAAUUAUGUGCAAUUAUGAAUUAAACAAAUAAAAAGUAUUAACUGUAGGUUGUUAAAAUAAUUGCGAACAAUUUUUUAUUAUAUAUUAAAGCUCUUUUCAAAAAGAGAUAGUAACAAUUGUAACGUAUUAUUUACUAGUUACUAAUGGCUAAACGUUCUUUACUCCGUACAUAUGUAAUCUAAAAGAUAUCUGUAGUUCAUCGAUAACAGUGGAUCAAAUAGAAAAAUAUACUCUACUUGAGUGUUAAUUACACACUAACGUUCAUUUAAUGGCCAAGACGUUGCAGAAGUCAAGAAUCAAUAAAAAUUUGCAUUAUAAAGUUAGAAAAAUGUAUUUAUACUGACAAAUGUAUUGAAUAAUAGUGAGUUGUCGUAGUGGGAAUAUUUUCGAAAGUAUUCGCGAUUCUAUGUAGCAAAUUUCUCUCGUGAAAUAGAUAGAAAGCAAAAAAUGGGGUUAGGAAAAUUUUGGCAUCGUUCAAUAGUAAUUAUUGUAUCAAUCAUUCUUUUAUGGCAGUUUGCAAAAACAUGGAACUUUUUUUAUACAGAUGUGGCUAAUGAACCUCAGCUACAGGUAAACCAAAAUGAUAAUGGAUCUCUGGAUACGAGGAAAGAUCAUAUGGUUCAAAUAGUUGUUGUUAUUGUUUAUUAUGAAGCUCUCUGCCCAGAUUCAAGAAAUUUUAUAAUCAAACAAUUAGUGCCAACAUAUCAAAAACUUCUGGAUAAUGUUGCCAUUGAGUUGAUUCCAUAUGGAAAAGCUACGACGACAGAUCUUCCAAAUGGUUAUAAAUUUACUUGUCAGCAUGGGCCACGAGAGUGUGAAGCGAAUAUGAUUCAUGCUUGUGCUAUAGAUAUAAUUAAAAACCCCACCGUUCAAGUCAAUUUUAUAGCUUGUAUGAUUGAACACAAUCUCUGGCCCAUAAAUAUUACACGAAAUUGUGCAGAAAAAAUGCAUUUAGAUGCCGAUAGCAUAUUAAAUUGCACAAAAAGUUCAAGAGGGCCUGAAUUGUUGGCAAAAUAUGGCAGAAUGACUCAAUCAUUAAAUCCUCCAGUUAGUUUUAUACCAACGGUUACUCUCAAUGGAAAUUCUUAUGAUCAAGCAGCUAUUUUAGCAAAUUUAUUGAAAGAAGUUUGCAAACAUUUCAAAAUAUUACCUGCUGGCUGUUUAUAAUAUUUUCUAAAGAUUAAAGAAAAUUUGAAGAAGAAAAAUUAUAUAUAUAUAUAUUUAAAAAUGAACUUUAUUUACGUUGAAUAAUCAAGAAGAUGGUGAACUAUUUACAAUUUGUU